AUGCCAAAGAGGAAGAAAUCAUCACGCGUUAACAAGUUCUACAAAAAAGGAGAAUUGCUCGGGCAAGGAGGAUAUGGCUCUGUCUACGCGGGGACCCGAUUAUCUGAUGGACUGCCAGUGGCCCUCAAAUAUGUUAAUAAAGAUGAUGAUGAGGAAAUGCAGCUGCCUGGAAUGGAAAAGCCCAUGCCUAAGGAAGUCGGCCUGUUUCAGAUGGUGAACACCCCAUCGACUCAUCCCAACAUCUUGGAACUCUUUGACUGGUUUGACAGACCUGCUUCCUAUGUAAUGGCAAUGGAGCGCCCAGACCCCUGCAAGGACCUGUUCACCUACUGCCAGGAACAGGGGGGUGCGCUGGAUGAGGACCAGGCACGCAGUGUAACCCGACAGCUGCUGGGGGCGCUAGAGCACUGUCAGAACAACGGAGUGCUGCACCACGAUGUGAAGCCCGAGAACAUCCUUAUACAGACCGACACGAAGGAGAUCAAGCUGAUUGACUUCGGGUGUGGGGACCCACUGAAGGACACCCCAUACACAGAAUUCUCAGGGACCCCCGAAUACUUGCCAGUCGAGUGGUUCCAGAAAGAGCAGUUUCUGGCGGGCCCUGGGACUGUGUGGUCAGUGGGUGUGACUGUAUAUAACAUCGUCACUGGCGACCAUCCCUUCAGUACCUACACCAGCAGGGAAAUGCAGAACGUGGAGUUCUGUGCAGGGGUGUCACCAGUGAUCAAGAACUUCAUUCGGUGCUGUUUAAGGCCCCGGGCAAACGACCGGCCCACCCUGGAGCAGCUACAGCUCCACCCCUGGCUCCAGCAGUCCAGCUGAGACACUGCAGUACAGCGUGUGGAUGCGCCCCAC